GGUCAACAGUGGGGUUUGGAUUAUUCAAGACCCAAUUUGUUAACAGUAUUUUCCAUGAACGCCUGCUAAUGGCGAAGGGAAGACGUUGUAGAGAAGAUCGUCCGAGCAUGUCUGAAUCUUCGCAAAAUUUUACCUUUGGCGCAGGUACAACAUUUGGGAGUGGCGAGCCUGUCGGAAGUACAACCGGCAUAUUUGGAAGUACAUCUGGUACAAGUCUUUUUGCGCAGAAUCCAACUACUCAGACAUUUGGGAGUGGCGAGCCUGUCGGAAGUACAACCGGCAUAUUUGGAAGUACAUCUGGUACAAGUCUUUUUGCGCAGAAUCCAACUACUCAGACAUAUGGAAGUGGCUUGUCAUUCGGAAGUACAUCCAGCUUGUUUGGAGGGUUUGGAAGUACACCUGCUCCAGGUCCUUUUGGACAAGAAUCAACUACUCAGGCAUUUGGAAGUGGCUUGUCAUUUGGAAGUACAUCCAGCUUGUUUGGAGGGUUUGGGAGUAAACCCACUCCAGGUCCUUUUGGACAAGAAUCAACUACUCAGGGAAAAUCAAGUAACAGUGGGACAGAUGUUAAGUUCGUUGUUGUCAAAGGAACUGACUCUAUGGUUAAGAAUGGCAUAACCACGAACAUCAGUGUCAGACAUCAUUGCAUCACUGUAAUGUCAACUUAUAAUAGGAAGAGCUUAGAGGAGCUCAGAAUAGAAGAUUACUAUAACACAGGGCGCGCAUGUAUACCAGCUGAAGCGGAGGAAAAUUCAAGUGAAGAGCCUUCAGAAUUCGAAAAGGCCUUGGAAAAGCAGAAGAAAUACAUUUGUCCGGAGCAUGAUGAAGUUUUGAAAGUGUACUGUCACACUGAUAACUGUCUUAUUUGCCUAGUCUGUCAGGUGUAUGGCGAACAUACCGAUCAUAAAUGUGAGCUUGUUGCCAACAUGGCCACCGGAGCACGAGAGGAACUUUUCAGCGAAACUAAAAAGUUAGAGGAUCAUUUCGAGUUGAUUAAGAAGUCUAGAAAGAAACUGAAGGAUAAGAAAGACUCCAUUUUGCAAACUCAACUUUACCUGCGAGACAGAGUUGCGAAACACAUGGCUUUGUUAAGAACAUGCUUGGAUAGCGGAGAGAGAGCGCUGAAGAGUGAGAUUGAUGACAAAACUAACGAGAAGAUAGCACCCAUGGACGCUCAGGAUAGAGUCAUGGCAAAUGUUGAAGAGAAGUGUGAUUUGGCUUACUCUUUGAUCGAGAAGUGCAAAAAGAAUGACAGUGCUUUGGUCGAGGAGAAGCCUAACAUUUUUAAACUAAUUGAAGAGGUGUCGUCUUCCAUUCAGAAAUGUGAACUGGAAUCCGCGGAAACAGACAGUCUGACAUGUUACUUCGAGUAUAAACUCUUUGACAUGCUUAAAACACAGAUUGGUGGAGUGAGGGUGUUGAAGCCAGGCAAAAAAGAGGGCUCUAUCUACGGCUUCAACGAGCAUGAGAUGUUGGAGGAAGGAAAAACCAAAGAUGCAGAGGUUCAGACCGACGCCGACGAUCACCAGGAAAGGACAGAUCAUGCGCAUUCUGAAAUUUCCCCGCAAGGACUAGAUCUAGCCGUUGACUUUGGCGCGGUGGGAAGCAAGACUUCAUUGCUUAUGGAUCCUACCCUACCGAUAUCAACAGAUUCCCAAAGCUCUAAUGACGUUAUAACCGGAUUACUGGAUGAGAUAUUUGAAAAAGUUGACAGGCUUGCAGUUGCGAAUGGUGAUGAUGACAGUGCUGGUGAUAAACAAGAGAUCGAGACUGACGAUUAAAAAUUUAGCUUCGCCUACGGUGGACCCCAUACGUUCUUGAACGAGAUGAAUGUUUACUGCCUCCGACAUAGUAUCGCUGUUUUUCUCUGAGACGUAUUACGUGAAGGGAGCGUAGGACAAUUAGAUUACUUGUAUUCUACCUUCUCCUUGUACAGUUCCUUUAGCUUAUUGGCAUAGGAAACACAAAAUUAAUUUUAUGACGGGAAGAGACUGGGAACAACAUCUUGUAUUGUCGUAAAGCUCUUCCCUCGCGUACUAAUCAAACGUCAGACACGCGCAAGCGGAUGAAUUUUGCCAGCCGUGCGCCAAAAUCCAAGCAAAAUUUUCAAAUGUAGGAAACAGCCUCUGUCAUGCAAAAAAAGGCAAGAAAAUUUUAAUGUUCAUAGAACUGUAGAAGAGAAAUAAGGUAAAGAAAAGAGAAAAUUUGCGAUUUUUCG